AUGGAUAUCAACUCACUGCCCUUCCCGAGUGAGAAGGGCACAACGCAUCACAACUCUGAAAGCGUGAGCCCCAUAACAUCGGUUCGAAAGAAUGGACCCCGACAUUCCAAGGGCACAGUCUGCAUUUUCGCGAUAUUCCUUGCACUUUUCUAUAGAUUUAUCUUCCUCCCCCGCUCAGUGAUACUGGGGAAAUGGAGUUCUCAGACCAAUGGGACACAGCUCCAAGUAUUUCAGUUAUACAAACCACUCCCCGGUGGUCCACCGAACAAAGACCCAUCAGAGGGAUGCAAUAGGGAACUUUUAUUGAUGAAACAUGAGUUUGGGUUUAGCUAUGGACAUCCUUUUGUUGGAAACUAUGUGCCUCCCAAGUGCGAUUUUGACACUGUGAUUAUGAACCUGACGGUCACAUCCAAGGGUCGCCAGUUUGAUAGAUUAGCACUUAUGUUUCUCGGUGAUACUGAGGUUUUCCGCACGUCAACGGCUGAGCCUACGCCGAAUGGGAUUGUUUGGACAUAUCUCAAGGACGUGUCCCUUUACAAGGCUCUGUGGAUGGAACCUCAAAAACUUAUCUUCGAUCUCGGGAACCUAAUCGAUGAAACUUACACAGGUCCCUUUAACGUAUCACUGACAGCAGCAUUUUCGUUAAGAAAUCGUGACAUCAGAACGGCAGAUGUUAUUCUUCCUAUUUCCGCACAGCGCUCAGAGGUAGACUUACCGAGCGCGUUCAACCUUCCAGAUAGCAAUGCGAGUGUCAUACACAGUAUACCUGACGAUGCCUACCGGGCAGUUGUAUCCAUAUCCGCCUGUGGUCAAUCUACUGAGGAAUUUUGGUACACGAACGUCCUCUCGUCAGAUACUUAUACUUUUAAUCAAACAACUGGACCUUUAUAUGGAUAUUCCCCUUUUCGCGAAGUUCAACUGCUCAUCGACGGUCAAUUAGCGGGAGUUGUAUGGCCCUUCCCAAUUAUUUUCACGGGAGGAAUUGCUCCCGGUUUCUGGAGACCUAUUGUCGGGAUUGAUGCUUUUGAUUUGCGAGAGCCAGAGAUUGAUAUUACUCCGUUUUUACCUGUAUUAGCAGAUGGUCAACCCCAUUCCUUCAGGCUUAAUGUUGUUGGUCUAGGGGACAUCAAGGACGGCGUAGCAGAGCUGUCACCACAAGUUGGGUCCUAUUGGGUGGUGACGGGGAAGAUUUUCAUCUAUCUCGACGAAGAAUCUGCAUCGAAACGGAGUAUGAUAUCUCCACAGGACAACUCUAUUCCCGUUGUUUCGACGCAGAUGAAAUCUAAUAUCAUGCACGAGUGGACGCAGAAUCCCCGGACAGGUGCCAAUGAAACUCUUUCGUACACAGUCCAAGUAUAUAGGUCAUUAUCCGUCAUCUCACCUUCCUCAUCUUGGACUCAAAACAACGCAUUUUCAAACUCCGGGUCGUUUUCCAAGCAAGGCAGGGCUCAAUUAAGUAAUCAGAGGACAGAUGCUACAUCAAAAUCGCUUGAUUCAUCCUACGGAAGCGACAUCAUUGUCAGUGAAACAGCCAGCUCUUAUCCACUGGAAGUCCACUCUAUAUAUUGGUCUACCACCAGUGGUUUAGAAAUCCAAGCUUCUUUAUCUCGCUGUUUGAAAUUUACGUAUCAGACUGAACUUGACUAUUACUCCCCGUACACUCUCACAACCGGCUCAUCCCAAUACGAUGCAACGCAGUUUGGCGAGGCGACAUAUAAAUCCAUGCAUGGCAGAUCGUGGUCCACAGGGAAUACUACAGAAAUUUUCAAAGAAAGCUCUGGGGGGACAACAUACGGCGUACGAGCUAGGGCAAUUAAUGGCACUGUUAUUGACGCACGUACACAACCCACAUUGUCCUCCCGGCCUCCAGGUCAAGAAUCCUCCCCGGGUAGAGACAGCGUCAGGGCAAUGCUUGGAAGGGGACCAGGCAGAAUCAAACCUUGA